AUGUGGAAAACCGUGAUCAAAUCUACGACACUCCGUUGUAUUGCUAACAAAAGAUGGAGCCACCAGCUGAAAGUGGGGGCUGGUCAAAGUUAUUUACACAACCCGGGAUCCGAACCCCUGGUGUACGACACGCUGGGCGAGGUUAUAGAGCAAACUGUCAACAAGUACCCAGACAGGGUGGCAAUCAGAUCACUUCAUGAAGACAUUACCAUCACAUACGCCGAGUUGUUGAAACAGGCGGACUCCUUAGGCUGUGCUCUCCGCGCUCAAGGCCUACAGAAGGGCGAUACUGUAGGGGUGUGGUCACACAAUAGUGCAGCCUGGAUCGUCGCUGUGGUCGCCGCUGCUAGAGCCGGCCUUAUUUCCGUAUUAAUAAAUCCAGCAUAUGAAAAGAAAGAACUAAGUUUCUGCAUAAAGAAGGCUGGAAUGAAGAGUUUACUCAUAGGAGACGCGCUACCAAGGAGGAAUUACUACGAGACAUUAUCACAACUGAUACCAGAGCUACAAAAUAGUGGUCCAGGCUCUUGGAAGUCCAGCGAAUUCCCAACUUUGAACUCUGUUAUUAAUGCUGGAAAGAAUAAAUUGGCAGGCACCAUACAGUAUGAUUCCUUAUUGACGGGCUCAGGCAGCCAGAUCUCCCAAUAUGGCGGCGAGGUGAAGUCGAGCGACGGUAGCAUCAUACAUUUCACAUCGGGCACCACUGGGGACCCAAAAGCAGCUCUAGACUCUCAUCUAGGCGUAGUGAACAACACAUAUUUUGUAGGCAAGAGAAACUUGUUAGAUGAAGGACAUCACACUAUCUGUGUACAGGUACCUCUAUUCCACGCUCUCGGUUCUAUAGUAACAAUCCUGGGCGGUUUGAGGCUCGGCAGUUCAUUAGUAUUGGCUGGCCCCAUCUACAAUGUUGAUGAUAAUAUCAAAGCUUUGUUUGCGGAAAAGUGCUCUGUGAUAAUGGGUACUCCGACCAUGUAUGUGGACAUGCUGGCAAAGAUUAGGACGAUGAGUGAUGUUCCGUCCACGCUGAAAGUGGCGCUGGCAGCUGGAGCACCGUGCAGUCCACAGCUCAUUAGAGACAUGCAGAAGUAUCUUAAGACUGAAACUGUGAAGGGUCUGUACGGUAUGACAGAGACUACAUCGUGUGUGUUCCAGAGCAUCCCAGGUGAUAGUAUCGACGUGGUAGCCGAAACUGUUGGCUACAUUCAGGAUCACGUGGAAGUCAAGGUUGUUGACGAGAAAGGUGACACAGUGCCAUUCGGUAGUCCAGGAGAACUGGUGGUGCGCGGGUAUAACAUCAUGAUCGGCUACUGGGACGACCCCGUAAAGACCAGGCAGGCGCUUAGUGAUGAUGGCUGGCUUAACACCGGAGACAAGUUUACGAUCAGCGAAGAUGGUUAUGGCCGCAUUGUGGGCCGCCUAAAGGACAUUAUCGUUCGAGGUGGAGAGAAUAUCGCUCCUAAAGAAAUUGAAGAUUUGCUGAUCACACACCCUGAUAUUGAUGACUGCCAGGUCAUAGGCAUCCCAGACGAGAGGCUAGGUGAGGAGUUAUGCGCAGUACUUCGCAUCAGAGAAGGUGCUUCAGUAACAGUAGACGAUGUCAGACGUCACUGUGAUGGUCACAUCGCCCGGUUCAAGAUCCCCAGGGUGCUGAAGACGAUUGAAGAGUUCCCCAAGACAGCGUCCGGGAAAAUACAAAAGUAUCGACUAAAAGAAAUGGUUGAGACUGGAAAAUUGUAG